GCAGAAGACCUUUCGCAUUGAGCCAGAGGAGGUUGAAGAAGAGGUGAAGUACAAAGUGAUUGUCGCGUUUGGCAAAUCUAUGAAGAUCCCCAUCAAGCCAGGUGACAAGAUGGAAGGUGGUGUGAGCCGCAGGAACAGCCAGGUCGAUGAUGCAGCAGAGCGAUUUAUUCGGGUUGCAAGACGGCACAGUGUGCAAGGAGGUGAGAUGUCACCGGCGAGCCCCGAGUCGCUGAGCAGGUUAGAUCACUCGCCUUGUGACGGGGACACACCAGCAAACUCCGGCAGGCACGGUGAUGCUCUGCGGCCGAGCAAACUACGGGUGAGUGCGUUUCUGGAUGUGACGACGAGCUCCGGCUUUGCAAGCCCGCGGAGCCCGAGCGGACCGAGCAGUCCGGUGAGCCCUUUGAGGCGAAGAUCUCUGAGACCCAAAUCCAAGGAAAGCGCUCUCCAACCUUCCGAGAUCUCCUUUCACCUGCCGCCAGAGCCGCCAGAGGAUCCGGACGCGGCGGAAGCAGGGCCGCUGCCUCCAGGAGAGGCUGCAACCGAGCAGUCACCCGCGCUGGAAGCGGCGAGUCCAGCUUCUGAGCCGGGUCUGAGUGGGGCUGUGCCGGGCGUGGUGCCCUCCGACGAGCCGAAGAUCGACGAAUUGAGUCCCCACAGCGAAGCCGGCUCCCGACUCUCGAGCCGACGACUAAGCAGUCGGCAUCGCCGCGACGUAGGGCCGCCGGGGCAAGAGGUUGGCCCGAUAUUGUACAGCCCAGGAUGUCCUCCACCAGCGAGCCCUCAUGCGGGCGGCUCUUGCAUCCAGCUUGAGCUUUCCGCGGAUGUCGGUGCGCAGGUCAUGGAAAGGCGACUGAGCUGUUUGCAGGCAGUGGGGCUCUCAUUCAGCCGGCAAGUGUCUCCGGCGGUGGUGGACGCAAAGCACCAGGCUGCAGAAAAAAUGGCUGGUACGUUGAGCCGGCAAGUGUCUGGAACGACUGUGGACGUCAAGCAGCAGCCCUCAGACAAAAUUACUUGCUUCAGCCGACAGGUGACCCCUGUGACUGCAGACGCAAAGCUGUCACACAUUAUUCUCCCCGAAAUUGCCGGGCAGUUACCAUCAGAUCAGUCUCCUGAGAACGAAGCCUCACCUGAUCUGCGGGAUCUGCGGCCACGACCACAACAAAGGGUGCUGAUCGGCCACGGCGGCCACGGCCCAUCGAGCUUUCAGGACUGGGUCGAGCAGCACAGAGCUGUCGAGCAUGCUCAGCCGGUUUGUAGUCCAAAACGGCUCUGGGUGGAGAGGUGGGCUUCGGAGGCUCCACGGCCUGCUUCCAUGCACGGUGUGCGGAAGCAUCUCUCCAAAGGAAAGCAAACCCCGGAGCCCGCACCUGAGUGUGGCCAAAGGAGACAAGACAGCCGAAAGUUAAUCGCUGAUCAGAACUGCAAACCCAAAGUGCCAAGCAGAGUGACUGUUCACUUCAGGACUGCAGCUCCGCCACAACGACGCACAAUCGGCGCUGUCGCCAAAGUCAUUCCGGGCUCGGCAGCAAUGAAACCGCCCGGCGCCUCGGCGACCCCUCAGGGCCCCCUGUUGGAACCCGGUACACUCCGACUGCAGCCUGCAUCAGAUGACGGAGCAUCUCCGACAAGCCCAAGUGAUAUGGUCAUGCCAGCUGCUCGGCCAGCCUCCGCCGCUUGCUCGAAGGCGCGCGUGGCUUCUCCACCCCGAUUUCAAGACAGGACGGAGCACAAGGCAACGCUUCUGCAGCUGCUGGGCCGUGGCCAGCAGUGCGAGCCAUGUUCUGGAAUGCCGGAGGGGAUGUCUGCUCUCCACACUGCUCGCGAAAGGCGUGGAGGGACUCCGAGCACUUUUCGUUGGGAGGCUUCGGCUCCGGUUGCAGCGCCACGGGGAUGCAGCCAUCUACGGAGUGGAGGCUGGGCACGAAUGGCGAGUGAGUAA